UGCCCCAUCAUUGGUGUCAGUGGGGGAGGAAUAGUGCCCCAUCAUUGGUGUCAGUGGGGGAGGAAUAGUGCCCCAUCGUUGGUGUCAGUGGGGGGAGGAAUAGUGCCCCAUCGUUGGUGUCAGUGGGGAGGAGGAAUAGUGCCCCAUCGUUGGUGUCAGUGGGGGAGGAACAGUACCUCA